AAUAGAUAUCGAUUGACCGAUAUGUGUUGGCAGCAGGCACGAUGUCGAUUGGCUUUAAUACAAAACAAAAACAUAAGAUUAUAAUUUGACUUGAAUAUUUAUGUUGACUUCGAUAUUGAAAAUUAAAUGGAGCACGUGACGAGUGACUUAAGGGAGUUUAUCACAGAUCAAGUGAUUCCCCAUCACCGCUGCAAUGUGAACAUCAAUCCAGACCACAUUACCAUGCUGGAGGGCACUAAGAUCAAGAAGCAGCACUCCCGAAAGCGUCGUGCUCACAAAUCUAGAACACUCAGUCGCAAGGAAUAUGCAGAGCUUGGAUUAAAUACACUUCCAACCAAACAAAUGAAAUACGAGGAGGCUCUGCCACUUCAUAAUCUCUGGAAAGGAUAUGUUCGCGAACAUCUGGAAUUAAAGGAAGGUUCCGAAGUGCCCGAAGUCCAUGAUCGUCAUUACGAUGAAUUUAGCCGGCAGUUGGUUAAACUAGAUUUACAUGGUGCUAAGUUGAAAGUUAUUGAAUCUAAGUGCCGCACCCUAGAGAAUUUAGAAGGAAUCUGCGUCAUGGACACUAAGAAUGUGCUGAAAAUUCUGAGCAAAGAUAAUCGAUUGAGGACAAUACCCAAGAGCCAAUGUGUCUUUGGUAUGAAGGUGGGCAAUAUGGAGUUUACCAUUUUCGGCCAACACCUAAAUAUUCGACCUGCGGAGCGAAGCGUUAAGAAAAUCAAGAGCUGUGUGCAGCCCUUUAUGUAGGUGCUGAUUUGCUCUAGAGUUAGUUUUAUAAUAAAAAAAAAAAACUGAAAAUCUUUUGGAAAGAAAAUUUGUGGUUUAAAGUAAUAAUAUAGAUUUCUGGGUUCUAAAUGAUACAGAUGAGAUGUAUUGUGAUUUCUUGUAAAAUAUCCUUUUCAAAAUAUUCGCAUUUCGGCUUAAAUUGUCCGUAAGAUUAGUUUUUCUUGUUUAAUACAUAUAUAAAACCGUA